AUGACCGAGAUCGUGCGGAGGAUGUUCUACCAUGCUUACGACGGCUACCUCCUCCACGCUUUCCCCAAGGACGAGCUUGCGCCUAUCAGCUGCACAGGACACGACACGCACAACUGUCAAGGAUGUAUGCUCACCUUCUAUGACGCCCUGGACACGCUUGCGGUGCUUGGGAACAGGACUGAGUACCAGCGAGUGGUGAACUGGAUCAUCAAACAUGGCGAGGAAACCUUCGACAGGGACGUGACGGUUUCUGUGUUCGAGACCAACAUUCGCAUCCUUGGCAGUUUGAUCUCCAACCACCUCCUUGCCUCCGACAAGGACCUCAAUCUCAUGCCGGGAUACAAUGGCGAGCUCCUCACCCUCGCGCUCUCUCUAGGCAACAGGCUCGUCAACGCGUACAUGACCCCGACAGGGCUGCCCUAUGGCAGCAUCAACCUGAAGAGGGGGAUUCAGUAUGGGGAGACGACAGUGACGGCGACGGCGACGGGCGGGACGGUGCUGCUGGAGUUUCUGUUGCUGAGCAAGCUCACGGGCAAGAAGAUCUUCUCUGUCGUAGCCGAGAAGGCGACCAAAGCGCUGUGGGAGCGACGGUCGCAGUUGGGGCUACUUGGGUCUCAUAUCGACGUCAACACUGGGAACUGGGUUUAUUUUGACAGUGGGAUAGGGGGGGGGAUAGACUCUUUCUACGAGUACCUGCUGAAAGCCUACUUUCUUACGGGCAAGUCUACCUACCUCAACAUGUUCGAUGAGGGGUACGCUGCGAUCAAGAAGCACAUUUUCAUCGACGGAAAAUCCGUAGGAUGGUAUGUCGACGUCAACAUGUACACUGGAAAGGUCAUGUUCCCCUUCUACCGCAGCCUACAGUCCUUCUGGCCGGGGCUCCAGGCCCUCUACGGUGACGUUGAAGAGGCUGAGACGCUCUUCAUGCAGUUCUUCGAGGUGUGGGCCAAGUAUGGCUUCGUUCCAGAGGCCUACAACCUGCUGGUCCAUGCGCCGGAGAAGGGGCUAGAGCAGUAUCCACUGCGACCCGAGCUAGCCGAGAGCGCUUUCUACCUGUACAGGGCGACAGGGAAGGACAAGUUCCGCCAGGCUGGGGCGAUCAUCCUGUCCUCCCUUGAGAAGUACGCCAAGGUGCAGUGCGGGUACGCAGCUAUCGAGAACGUGGAGACGAAGAAGGUCAGGGACCACAUGGACUCUUACUUCUUGGCUGAGACGGUCAAGUACUUGUACCUCCUCUUCGACGACUCUCCUGAGACGGCUAUCUUCCGUAACGCGUCCAAGGUCCGGUAG